CAGUCUCUUUCUGUCAAUACAAACCAUUUUCAAGUUUCCCUAAACUUCAAAUGGGUUUCACUCUACUCAGCCUAGUAACAAAUUAACCGUAGCUGUUUUUCAUUCUCUGUGAUGAAUGGCGAUGUUUUGUAAAAGCAAUGCAUUUUCAGUUGUUUUAGCAGAUAGUUAAUUAUGGCAUCAAUAGCUAAGUUAAAGGGUAUCUGUAGAAACAAGUUAGUUCAUGUCUUAUCUCUUAUCUAUUUCUUUUCUUUUCGAGUCUUGUGCAAAUAUAUGGCCUGUGUCGAAAUAAAGAUUUAUCAUUGCGCAGUUAUAUAAAUUCCAUUUGCGCAGCUUUAUUGUUUCAAGCUAAAACCCUUUGGACUAUAAGAGCAGCAAUCAAGCUAAACUUUUUGGUAGAGUUUCAAGAGAAAUGGCAUUAAGAUCAUUGGUCUCAAAAUACAAUGUAACAUACAUAACACCAACCUUCACUUGCUAUCAAAAACCCACCUUUGACUCCAGAGGAAUGUCCCAAAAAGUCGUUCAAUCUAAUAUCAGUAGAAGAAUAGGAUUGAUAGCAGCAAUGGCAUCAGCACUGUUGGCACGGGAUGCUAUUUUCAGGGAAGAUAUAGCCAAUGGAUUUGACUUUAGAUUGGUUGCUCCUGAUCAGACUGUUGAACAGGCAGAAAGUGGGAUUAGAGAUCACGCAGAGUCUUUGUUACAAGUGAAAGCUCUGUUAGAGGCAGAGUCCUGGGGAGCAGCACAGAAGGCAUUACGGUCGACCUCGGGGUACUUGAAGCAGGAUAUCUAUACCAUAAUCCAAACAAAACCUGAAAGUGAGAGACGCCAGUUGAGGAAACUCUACUCUGAUCUCUUCAACAAUGUUACCAAACUAGAUUAUGCGGCUAGAGAUAAAGAUGCAUCGCGCGUUUGGCAGUGCUAUGAAAACAUUGCCGCUGCGCUUGAUGAUAUAUUGUCAAGAAUAUAGUGAUCAGUUAGUGCUCUAGUUGUUUUGCUUCAUUACAGCCCUGUUAAAAGGAGAAUAAAAACGGUUGACAACAGAUUUCUUCAAACAACGAAGCUUGCUGAUAUGGCUAGUUCCAGACAUUUCUCUUAGUUUUUCAUGUUUAUAGCAAAAAUUUCUAACAC